AUGCCCGCAAGGGCACGGCUCGCCAGGGCCGGCAGGGAGGUGAAACGAGGGAGCCUGGGCCUUCGGCACUCCAGUGACUGGAACUUCCCGUCUUCUAAUGUCUUCUCGGGGCUGGAGAUUGACCCUGGUACUCUAGUAAGGAAGCUUGACUUGGACUCCAGAAGCAUCAUCUCCUCCAGAACAGGUCUAGAAGAAAAAACGAUUCUUUCCAAAAAAGAAAAAAUGAAGCUGAGGAAAGAAAGAUGGCUACAGAAAAUAGAAAGUGUGAAGCUAGCCAAGCAGAAGCAAAAAGCCGAAGCAAAGCGGAAAGCAACACCUGUGGUGGGAGAUAUGCAGCCGUUGAUGGAAGCCCUACCUGAGCUCUCUGACCUGACCACAGGUGGCAGGGGCAGGAAGCCACCCAAGAGCCGUGUAAAAGCAAAGGCAGAACCAGCAGACUUCUGUCUGAUGAAACAAGCUCAGAAAUGCCGGCUCUUAGAGGAGGAAGUGGCUCGGUUUCAUGAGGUCAUCGCCAAUCCCAGGUACAGAGCCAACCCCCUCAUGGCCAUCAGUGAACAUCUCUUCAAGAGGCUGAGGCAGGAGGAAGAAGGAAUAAUGCAGUUCUCUCCUGACAGUGGCAGCUGAUCCUUGGCAAGCAGCCUGCAGAGAGCAGGGUGUUCUGCGAGAUCUUUGUGCAGACAUUAAGCUCCCUGCGAAGUGUCUUGACACCUUUUCUCUUCUUGCGAGUGGCACAAUUUCUUAAAUUGUGCCAGUGGCAAUGUACCUGGUUUUUGUCAAUUCCCUCCCCUUUCUGACAACACUGAAAAGAGGUUCUCUGCUGCUUUGUUGAGAUGGUUCAAGACCCCAAGCCCUGGAGCCCAGAAGGCUGUUGUAGAUCUGUGUAAGGACCGAUGCUGCUGUUCAGAGACAUUGUUUUAUGUGAGAAAUUUAGCUUUGCAAUAAACACACUUUU